GCAUUGCCUGGGACUGCUGGUGGAAGGAAGCAGGGAGGGAGCAGCGAAGGAAGGGGUCGUUCUCCUCCUCUUCUCGGCUGUAAGCUUUUAUGGAGGCGCGUUUCACUCUGCCACAUGCAUGGGACUUAAAAGGACGGGACUUUUACCGAUGAACUUACCUGUACUAAUGCAGAACCGAGCAGCAGCUUAACCACAGCGCUCUCAAGGAGGAAUGCCAGCUCCUGAGCAGAGCCCAGUGACGGAGGAGGGGCUUCUGCUGACCAUCCGCGACAGAUCAACUGGCCGCAACAUGGAGGCUGAACACACCGCCAACAACAUCCUGGCCUCGGUCAAAGAACAGGAGCUCCAGUUUGAGCGGCUAACCAGGGAGCUGGAAGUGGAGAGGCAGAUUGUGGCCAAUCAGCUGGAAAGAUGCAGACUCGGGGCCGAGUCGCCAGGCGCUGGUAGCAGCAGCUCAUCUGAGAAGUCCCUGCCCUGGAGGACUCCAGAUGCCUCCGCCCCAGGGGACACCAAGUCUCGGAUGACUGACAGCUCCCAGUCGCCCAGCUACCGCAUCAGGACUGAGUCAGAGCAGGUGUCUCUGUACUCCCCGGAGCAGUCCUCCCUCCAUGAAAGGUCCGCGGGGAAUUCCCGUAGCUCGACUCAGAUGAACUCCUACUCGGACAGUGGCUACCAGGAUGCCAGCAGCGGCUACGUCAGCAGCCAGAACCUGGGCAAGGCCGAGCUGAGGAUGCAGCACUCCUUCCCUGGCGCCGGCACCGGUACCCUGUUGAGGAACGCCAGGGCCGAGGGCCAGACUUCAACGCAGCUUCCAGCAGUGACAGCAGCAGUGCCUGGCCGUGCUAUGCGGAGGGUAAGCUCAGUGCCUUCUCGCUCUCACUCUCCAGCCUACGCCAGCGGUGUGUCCCCCUCCCGAGGCUCCUCUCUGCGCACCCCAGUUGGCAGUGCCUACGGCUCCCCCAUCGUAACUGAACCUAAACCCCUCUCUAGUAUCUUCUCAACAACCCUGCCCUCUGCUCACCGCAGCAGUAACACCAGUGGCGGGGGCAGCGGUUCACCCUACUCCACGCAAAAAAACUCCCCCGCUGCACUGCGACGAAUGGGCUCCACGAACUCACGGUCAGGCAGUGCAAGCCGCACAACUUCGCCCUAUCAGGCCACUGCUGGGUCAACAUCAGGCCGCAUGGGCUCGCCUCUAACCAUGGUGGACGGACUCAACCCUCCUUUGACUAAGCAGCCCACUCACUCCUCAUCUCCGAUCAGAGCCAGUAUGACCGCGGUGCCCCAGCACUACAGCUCCACUUUGCCCCGCUCCAUGCUCCAAAACACGGACCCCUACGGACCCCAGAGUUAUGACAUUUAUGAGAGGAUGACGCGACCUGACAGCCUCACAGGAAUGCGGAGCUCAUAUGCCAGUCAGCACAGCCACCUGGGCCAGGAGUUACGGUCAGCCAUGUCCCCAGACCGCCACAUAGCACCAAUCUACGAGGAUCGGACGUUCCAGGGCCCACUGUACCGCAGCCCCAGCCACAACCAGCAGGGCACCCUUUACAGGAGUACCUCAGGUGUGGGAAGUCUCCAGCGGUCGGCUAGCCAGCGCAGUGCCAUGAUCUACCAAAGAAACAACUACGCUCUAAACACAACAGCAACCUACGCCGAUCCUUAUCGCACAGCACAGUACAGGCCCUCUGAUCCAAACUACACCCGCCAGCCUGUUGUCAUGGAUGACGGUGCCACACGCUCUCCCUCCAUAGACAGCAUUCAGAAGGAUCCAAGGGAGUUUGCUUGGCGUGACCCAGAGCUGACAGAGGUGAUCCACAUGCUGCAGCACCACUUCCCCUCAGUGCAAGCCAAUGCAGCUGCCUACCUGCAGCACCUGUGCUACGGCGAUAAUCGAAUUAAAGCGGAGGUGUGUCGACUUGGAGGGAUUAAAUAUCUGGUGGACCUGCUAGACCACAAAGUCCUUGAGGUUCAGAAGAACUCUUGUGGAGCUCUGAGGAACCUGGUUUAUGGGAAAGCCAUGGACGAGAACAAGACGGCUGUGAAGAAUGCAGGAGGGAUCCCAGCUCUGCUUCGCCUGCUGAGGAAGACUGUGGAUGCAGAAGUGCGGGAGCUCGUCACAGGGGUGCUGUGGAACCUGUCGUCAUGUGACGCCGUCAAGAUGACAAUCAUUCGGGACGCCUUAACGACUCUGACCAACACUGUGAUCAUCCCGCACUCCGGAUGGAGUAGCUCCACCUUCGAUGACGACCACAAGCUGAAGUUUCACUCCUCCCUGGUGCUGAGGAACACCUCGGGCUGCCUGAGGAACCUGAGUUCAGCCGGUGAGGAGGCCAGAAAACAGAUGCGCAUUUGUGAGGGUCUGGUUGACUCACUCCUGUACGUCAUCAAAGCCUGUGUAAACACCUCCGACUUUGACAGCAAGACGGUGGAGAACUGUAUUUGCACUCUAAGAAACCUGUCAUAUCGCCUGGAGCUGGAGAUACCGCCGUCCCGUCUGACAGGGGGGCAGGAGCUGGAUGGCUUACUGGGCGGUGAGUCGGCCAGUAAAGAAGAGGAUUCCAGCUGCUGGGGGAGGAAGAAGAAGAAGAAAAAAAAGAGCUUGACGGAAGAUACAUGGGAUGGUGUGGGACCCAUCCCCGGUUUCUCCAAGUCCCCCAAGGGUGCGGAGAUGCUAUGGCACCCUGCGGUGGUAAAGCCUUAUUUGACACUACUGGCUGAGAGCUCAAAUCCUGCCACCCUCGAGGGCGCCGCCGGGUCCCUUCAGAACCUGUCAGCUGGAAACUGGAAGUUUGCAGCGUACAUCCGUGCAGCAGUGCGUAAGGAGAAGGGGCUGCCGAUCCUGGUGGAGCUGCUGAGGAUGGAUAACGACAGGGUGGUGUGUUCGGUUGCCACUGCACUGAGAAACAUGGCACUGGAUGUGAGGAACAAGGAGCUCAUAGGGAAGUACGCAAUGAGGGACCUGGUCAAUCGUCUCCCCGGGGGGAACACCACCCUUCUGUCGGACGAGACUGUGGCGGCCAUCUGUUGCACCCUGCACGAGGUCACCAGCAAGAACAUGGAGAACGCAAAGGCCCUGGCCGACACAGGCGGCAUCGAGAAGCUGGUCAACAUCACCAAGGGUAGAGGAGACAGGUACUCCAUGAAGGUGGUUAAAGCAGCUGCUCAGGUGCUGAACACACUGUGGCAGUAUCGGGAUCUGCGUACCAUCUAUAAGAAAGAUGGAUGGAACCAAAACCAUUUCCUCACUCCUGUGUCGACACUUGAACGGGACCGCCUCAAAUCCCAGCCCACCCUCCCCACCAGCACCAUUCAGAUGUCCCCAGUCAACCACCCUGCUGCCAGUGCCACGUCGUCUCCUGCAAUGCUGGGCAUUAAAGAGCAUAGAGACACUAUCAGAGAUUAUCAGAGAGCACAGUCAACUAUGCAAUUUUAUAAUUACCAAGGAGACAACAGCAUCCAUAAAAACCAGUAUACAGGAUCUGGGAAGCCUUCUCCGUAUUACUACCCAUCCCCAACAAGAGAGGAGCCUAGAAGAACACAGCCCAUGUAUUAUACAGACGACCCAGGCAGGAGGAACUACGAUACGUACAGAAUGUACCUGCAGCAUCCCCACGGCUAUGAUGACUCAUACCUGGAUGAGGUCAUCGCUUACCCACCUACAGUGGACUACAGCUCCACCCCUCACGGACUGAAAACCACCACUAACUAUGUGGACUUUUAUGCUAGCACGCGGAGGCCUUCCUACAGGGCAGAGCAGUACCCCGGCUCGCCAGACUCCUGGGUAUAGGUCUGAAGGUGCUCCGGUGUUACACGUAUUUCAUCCCUGAUUCUCAUCACCGAUGUGUCUCCUGGAGAUGAGCAAACAAGCAAACUGAGAAACUUUUUCAUGAACCUGGCUUUAUAAGUGUGUUUGUUUUAAAGUGAAUGUGCGAGGAUGGAGGGGAGUUCAGCAGAGCGAUAACAGAUGGAAAGAUGGAAUGUGUGCCAAAGAAGGAAGUAAAGGAAUGUUUUUUAAAUUAUUUUUUAACAAGUAGAAGAAGAUGGAAUCAUGCUUUGAGAGGGUCUGUCGAGGGCAGAUACCGGACACUACCGUGACGAACCGUGCGUCCUGAUCUGUGUAGAUGUUAGUUUAUAUUUUCUUUAUGAAAUCUUAGCUGUGAUAGCAUGAUGAAAGGUGUGAGUCAUGUGCGCGAGGGUCAGACGGAAGAGUUUAGAUGGGGAAUAUGUAUGUGCCGAAGCCAAAAUGGAUCAUGAACUCAUCUGUAAAAUAAAAAAAAAAUCUAGUAAACACAUGAUGUUAGAUUGUACAGGGGGAUCAAAUUGUAUCUGUACUUAAUGUCAAAGCUGUGUAAUGCCAUGGAGUCUUGUACAUUUCUUUCAUUUUAUUGUAAAUACAGAAAAAAACAACAUGUUACCUGGUUUACACUCAUCAGCACUUGUUAAAAGAGAAACUCGUGCCAUGUUAAAUCUCUAUAGAUAUAUAAAUAUAAGAAGAAAUAAACAGACAAAGAUGGCAUCAUAACACAACCAUGCUAAAAUAAUAAAAGGUCAGUUUUGUUUUUUAAAUAAUGUG